GUGCAGGAGCUGAAAAAUCCAAACCUCAGUUUGAGGGUGAAGACGUCAAAAGAACUGGGCUCCAGUCUGGUCCAGAGUCCUGGUCCAGCACGAUGAACCAGAAACGAGCAGAAGUCCAUCAAGACCUCCAGAGUCUGGAGGACACAGUGAUGAAGGAGCUGCAGCGGCUGAACCAACUGAAGGAAAGCUUCCUGCAGACGAUGGAGCAAGGCGGCGAUGCAGGAGGAAGUUCAGCUCAGAGGCAGCGAAUCGUUUUCUUGGAGAACAAUCUGGAACAGCUGGGGAGGGUUCACAAGCAGAUGGUGCGGGACAACGCCGACCUGCGCUGUGAACUGCCCAAGCUGGAGAAGCGGCUGCGCGCCAGCGCCGAGCGCGCGCGGGUGCUGGAGGCCAGCUUGCGGGAGGCCAAGCAGUCCGCCGCCCGGGACCGCCAGCGCUGCCAGCAGGAAGUGGAGCGGAUCAAAGAGGCCUUCCACGCCAAGGCGUCGCUGAGGAGAGGCGGAGCCUCGGCUCAGAUCGCCAAACCCGUCCGGGCCGGCCACCAGAACCCGUCCCUGUCCUCGCACGUCCGGGGAGGUGGCAGACCGGCUCUUCAGGCAGCACAAGCCCGACCAGGAGGGCCACGCCGGCCCUGAGGCCCGCGCGACGCCCCCACCUCUGGCCUCAGUGCUCUGUUGUCGUAUUUGUCAUGUGGAGUGCUGGUUCUCCUGUGGCGUCACACCUGCCAUGACAUCAUGACGGAGCCAAUAAAAACCACAUGGUUUAUUGUUGAUCACACACUGGUCCUGGGCCCCGGGCACCGAUGGAGCCGCUGCUUCGGGCUCCAAACGGUCAGCGGUGUGACGCCAGCUGCCGCCGGUCCACAGGACUCAGUAAGUCCGGAGUUUGAAGACCUUGCUUAGCCUGGAGGUGGCGCUGCCAUAGACCAGGAAGGAGCCCUCGCUGGUGCUGAAGUGCUCCCAGUCCCGGCAGCCCAACGUCGGCAGUCUGUGGACCGGCACGAAUCCUUCGGCGCCUUGCCACCUGGAUGACAGCGGCGAGUGAAGGCCCGGAGCUUACGGGCAGCGGUUCCCGGAGCUCACCUGUAGAGGACGCUGUUUAGCGAGUAGGAGCUGCCGUCGUGAGAGUUGGCCACCACCAGAAAGCGCUCCUCGCCCACGGUGAAGGACUCCCAGUCCACGGCACUGCACACACGGAGGAAGGGCUUGAGGCUGCGGCUUCUGCGCUGGACGGCUCGGGGCUGUACCUGUGUGUGGGGAUGUCCUGGAAGCGGAUGAAGGUGUGUGUGAGGGGGUGGAGCUCGUACACAGUGGAGUUGAUGCUGUAAAGGCUGGGACCGUGGCCAGACACUUGCUGGCUGUUGGCGACCACCAGAAAGAAGCGUCCGUCCACCCAGAAGCUCUCCCAGUCCACCGCCCCGGACGUCUGAGUGAGAGUCUGAGUGAGUCUGACGUUUUGCAGGAAACAUGAGCGCGCACGCACGCGCACACACUGACCGGAAUGUCCUGGAAGGGCUGGAAGCUUCCAUCUCGCCACAUGAAGACCCGCGAGUUGAUGGUGGUCUUCAGCCCGUCGAAUGUGUUUGCCACCACGAGGAAGUGAAACCCAGCCACGGUGAAGAACUCCCAGUCGUAGGCUCCAGAUGUGGACAAGGUCUGGUUCACCUCAAAGAGCUGGAGGGGCGGAGUCAGAGCAGGGGGCGCGAGAGAGGAGAGUCGCGUGAGCGCGCCUCACCUCUGUGUUGGGGUUCCACCGGUAGACGACGCUGUGGAUGUUGUGAUCCAGGCCUGAGGAGACACCCGCAGUUCAGCACUCAGUCAGGCCACCACCAGCGCCCAGUGCUCGCACCCUGCCGGUGGUUGGCCACCACCAGGAAGCUCUGGUUCUGGAUCAUGAAGAACUCCCAGUCCAGAGCCACGGACGUCUCCAACUUCUGGUGGCGCUGGAACUUCCGGCGCCGGCGACUCCAGCGGUAGAUGAACGACAGCUCGGGCUGCAGCUCUCCAGAGUUGGCCACCACAAGAAAGCUCUGAAGGCCCACAGUCAAGCAGUGAAGGGAAGGAGAGACCUCACAAAGACACCUCCCCGAAACCAGGCCCCCACCUGGGAGUCAAUGGAGAAAUGCUUCCAAGCUCGAGCCUCCCGCGUGCUGAUGUUCUGGUGCAGCUGGAAGGAGCCUCGGGUCCACCUGUAGAUCCCAGAGCCGGUCCGGGAGUCCCUACUCAGAGACACGGGUGUGGGGACACGGCGGGCACCAGCGGCGACGGAGGCCAACCUGUUUGCUGCCGCCAUGAAGACGCCUUCAGCAGGAAGAGAGAACACCUCCACAUCAAAGGUCUCCGAGCUGGUGAUCAGGUCCUGGUAGUCCAGCACGUAGUCCAGACGUGGUGAACCUUCAAACCAGAGAGGACACUGUCGCACCAACCCUGCUCCUCGAGUGGCAUCACAGGAGGUGAGUGGGGAACCGGAACUCACGAGUCAGCAGGCUCCUCCAGGUCACCCCAUCACACGUGAACAAGCUUCGAGUGUCAAACCAAAGUUGGUUCUUGGUUUCUGGGGAACAUGGAGGCCGAGACUCGCUGGUCCUCACUGCACGCACGCACGCACGCACGCGGUUAGUGGUGACCCACUGGAAUCCACUUGCUUGUCUUCCAUACUCACCACACUGGUCCUUCGGUCUUGGCUGCUCCCUGUCGGAGGUCUGAAGCACUCGGGGCACCAGCAGUUCGGCCACAUGAGGCUGAGCACCAGGACACAGCCUGUGUGCGGCAUCGGAACCAGGAAGCAGAACCAGCUGCCGCAGGAGACCCUGAGGAGAGGCAGAGGAUCAGGCCCGAGCAGAAGGACACAGGGGUGCAGCCGUGGCCUCGGACUCACUGAGAAGCGUCCUCGACUCCUGCGGCAGCCGAUGUAGAACCGGGACCCUCGGGUGCUGAGUGAAGUCGGGAAGGAUUGGCUCUGUGAACUGGUAGAACCUGGUGCUGUCAGCUGCUCCUGUGAGGACGCCGCGUGGUGCUUCAGCGGCCACUUACAGCUCCAAGGCUGGUCCACAGUCUAUGGUCAGGGAGGCGUGGAUCCCGGUGACGGCCAGAACCAGCGUGUGCCACAGACCGUCAUCAAGCUGCACGCCGUCAAAGGCGAGGCAGACCCGAGCGGAGCGGGGCGUGAACAGGAAGUGCAGCCGGGUCCCGGAGAGCCGCAGCCCCACCAGCAGCGUCCCGGCUCCUUCCUCCACCAGUGAGAAGACGUACUGGCUCCCCUGGAAGCGGAGCAGGUGAUGCACCUGUGGUGGGCCUGAACAGCUCUACUCACCGUGGCUCUCUGCACCAGGAUGGUGGCCACCAGCGAAAACUCCGGGGGGAAGCCGUCGCAGUAGGGAAAGACUUUGGAGGCGGGGAAACUUGCUGCCGAGGCAUUGGAGAAUCGGAUCCCUUUGAAACCGUGGGACCGGAGCACCUGCACCUGACCAGGGCUACAAAUGAGUCUGGAAGCAGAGCCGCGUCCCUCCUGACCCCAGUCCUUACCGCAGGGGACCGAGGGUCUGCAGGGAGGACUCUGGCCAGGAGGUCAAUGGGCAGCAGCUCUGAAGGCGCGGGACAAACGUGCGAUCAGCCAGUCAUGGACGAGCGAGGAGUGGGAGGGGCUCCGUACCUGUGCAAGGCUCGAAGGUCCGAACCGUGGAGAAGAGCGCCCAGGCGACCAGCAGGGGUCGCCACUGGACCGUCUUCUCGCCGACCAUCGCGCAGAGUGACACCUUCACGGAAAAAAAGAACAGCUCGGACCGAACUUUCAAAGUCAAAGAACGGAUCUACGACCGGUCCACAAGAGGGGACGAGGAGACGCGCGACCAGCCGCAGCGUCGUGCGCCAUGUCCUGGUGACGACCUGUUGACUUCUCGGACGGUGACGUCCAAAGUCACUCCAGCGUGACUCGGGUCAGAAGUGGACGUGCGCAGCGCGCGUGUGAGAGAAGGAAGGCGGGUUUAUUCACCAGCAGCUCCACUCGCCUCCAGGUCGCGCACCUCUGGGUGGAGCAGGGGCCCGGAGCUCUUCAGGCCGGCGGAGGGCAUCGGCUCGUCAGCCGAGAGUCGCUCUGCAGCCGCGGCGAGACAGGUGGCGGCUUUAAAGCGCGCCAGCGGGCGGAGACCGGUGACGUCAGACCAGAUUGUUUUCGCACGGACAGACAGGUGAGCGCUUGAGGAAAAGGCGAGGACGAGAGACGGGCGAGUGAGAGUCUGAGUGAGACAGAGAGACAGAUGGGUGAGAGCCUGAGUGAGACAGAGAGACAGAUGGGUGAGAGCCUGAGUGAGGCAGAGAGACAGAUGGGUGAGAGCCUGAGUGAGGCAGAGAGACAGACGGGUGAGAGUCUGAGUGAGGCAGAGAGACAGACGGGUGAGAGUCUGAGUGAGACAGAGAGAGAGAGACGGGUGAGAGCCUGAGUGAGACAGAGAGACAGACGGGUGAGAGUCUGAGUGAGGCAGAGAGACAGACGGGUGAGAGUCUGAGUGAGGCAGAGAGACAGACGGGUGAGAGCCUGAGUGAGGCAGAGAGACAGACGGGUGAGAGUCUGAGUGAGGCAGAGAGACAGACGGGUGAGAGUCUGAGUGAGGCAGAGAGACAGACGGGUGAGAGUCUGAGUGAGGCAGAGAGACAGACGGGUGAGAGUCUGAGUGAGGCAGAGAGACAGACGGGUGAGAGCCUGAGUGAGGCAGAGAGACAGACGGGUGAGAGUCUGAGUGAGGCAGAGAGACAGACGGGUGAGAGUCUGAGUGAGACAGAGAGAGAGACGGGUGAGAGUCUGAGUGAGACAGAGAGAGAGACGGGUGAGAGUCUGAGUGAGGCAGAGAGAGAGACGGGUGAGAGUCUGAGUGAGACAGAGAGACAGACGGGUGAGAGUCUGAGUGAGACAGAGAGAGAGACGGGUGAGAGCCUGAGUGAAGCAGACAGACGGGUGAGAGUCUGAGUGAGACAGAGAGAGAGACGGGUGAGAGUCUGAGUGAGACAGAGAGAGAGACGGGUGAGAGUCUGAGUGAGACAGAGAGACAGACGGGUGAGAGCCUGAGUGAAGCAGAGAGACAGACGGGUGAGAGUCUGAGUGAGACAGAGAGAGAGACGGGUGAGAGCCUGAGUGAAGCAGACAGACGGGUGAGGUGCACAGGUGGGUGUUUGAAGUGACAGGUGAAGGAGAAACAAACAGCAGAUGAAAGGAAGCAGCUCACUGAAGCAGGAAUUCCCCAGAGACGGCGCGCCCACCUGUCUGGCCCCGCCCACCUGUCUGUCUGCCCCCAAACACUCGGAGACAGCCGGGGUCACAGAGCCACAGCGGAGCUGACAGAGGUCACGCUCCCAUCACUUACCACCUGACCUGGAAGACGCCCU